GCGCCCCUUUCGCUCACACACGGCAUCAUACAGGAAGAAAGCCCGGUGUGAAAUCCGGUGGGUGAACGGCUCCUGCCAGUGCUGAAGCUUCUUGGGGGAUUUUGUUUAGUUCUGUCAUCGGCUGCUGUUCGGAGCUGAGCUCAACAUGCUGAUCAAGGAAUUCCGAAUCGUCCUGCCCGUUUCGGUGGAGGAGUACCAAGUGGGUCAGCUGUACGCAGUAGCGGAGGCCAGUAAGAAUGAGACGGGAGGAGGGGAAGGUGUGGAGGUGCUGGUCAACGAGCCCUAUGAGAAGGAGGGAGAGAAGGGACAGUACACGCACAAGAUCUACCACCUGCAGAGUAAAGUGCCAGGUAUCUUACGUGUGAUUGCACCAAAAGGUUCUCUGGAGGUUCACGAGAAGGCGUGGAACGCAUAUCCUUACUGUCGAACCAUCCUCACAAAUUCCUACAUGAAGGACAAGUUCAUGAUUAAGAUUGAGACAUGGCACAAGCCUGACAUGGGGGAUCAGGACAACGUACACGGACUAGACAAAAGCACGUGGGAAUCAGUUGAGGUUGUCGAUAUUGACAUUGCAGACAAAGGUUGUAUAAGUUCAAAGGAUUACAAAGCAGAUCAGGAUCCCGCUAUAUUCAAGUCAGAGAAGACUGGUAGAGGGCCACUAGGACCAGACUGGAAGAAAGAACUUGCCAACAACCCCAACUGUCCACACAUGUGUGCAUAUAAGUUAGUCACUGUUGAGUUUAAGUGGCUGGGACUACAGGGGAAGAUGGAAAGCUUCAUUCAGAAGAUGGAAAAGCGUUUGUUCACGCAUUUCCACAGACAGCUGUUCUGCACAAUCGACAAAUGGAUUGGUCUAACAAUGGACGACAUACGACGCAUGGAGGAAGAGACAAAGAAUGAGCUGGAUGAGAUGAGGAAGAAUGACUGCGUUAAAGGCAUGUCAGCUGAUGAGUAACUGAUGGCUGACAUGUCCUCUGAAACGGGAGGACUCCUCACCUUGGACGCUGGACCAAGAACAGCUUGAUGGGCCUAAUCAAGAACAGCACUCUUACAUACUACUGUACUUAAAUUUGCUCUUAAUAAGAGCUCAUUACUGUAAAGCAAUAGUGUGUUUGUAUAAACUACAUUAGAAUACAACUACAGCAGUUUCUUUUUAGUUUGCUAGUUGAACUCUGUUCUGAGGAUGAAUUGUUCUUGUUUAUGCCUAAUCUUUCUGUGGCAAAAGGUGUUUCAGUAAUUACCAUGACCCUUUUAAAACUGUAUUCAUUUUGAUUUUGUUGUCUUUGCAUUGAUUUAUUGUUUACUUAAUGGAGAAUGACACACUUUCCUCAAGUUGUCUGUCUACAUCCAUAUGCAGAAACGCCUAGUUACUAAAUAAUUAUUUCUUGGACUUAUAUAUUAUAUUAUAUUGAUCAGUAUAAAAUGGACUUCAGCGCCUUUGAGACGAUGCUAUUAAUUCUGUGAUGUCACAAAGUGCACUUAAUGCUUUUUGGCAAAGUCAUCAUGACCCAGUGACUGAACGUCCUGCAAUGAAAGCACAGAGUUUAUAGUUUAUUAAAAGUGUAUUUACAAUAAGAAGACUGCAUCUGAGACACAUUGACAAUAAGCUGGCCUGGUCUCACCUGUGGUAAAGGUUAGGCUUUAUAGAAAGGUGCCAGCAGCAUCUUUGUUUAAUUGUAGCUUUGGGUUGAGGUUUUGAGUGCUGGUUGUGGUAAUAUGUAAGAAAAAAACAAACUGAACUCGGAGCAUCUAUCAAAAUAGCUUAUGGAAGCUGUUUCCUCUUGGUGACUGUUAAAAUAUUGAAAGUGUUGUCACAUUAAAACACACGUUAAUUUCGAGGUAUUUGACUGUAUAGUGUAUUAAAGUCAAUUUAUUUCUUCAAA